AUGCUUUUUUUAUAAUAAAGAGUUUUAGAUGCUAACAUGAAUCCAAACAGACCCUAAUUUUAAUGGUAAAAUAAUAGGCACAAAUUAAAUUAACGCUAUGAAGUAUCAUCUAGAAGUAAUAGUUUAUCAUUCUCGAGUAAUAGAGGGAAUUAUGUAUCGUCAUUUGAAAAUGAUCUAAGAAACAGCCUUUUGGCUCAAUCACAUCUAGAAUAUUAAUAAAAACUACAAUAAGUGAUGCAUACACAAAAUUAAUUACUUAAACAAUAACUAAUGGAAAUUGAAAAUAGAUAACUAAAAUUAUAAAACGAAAUGCUUCAAUAAUAAGUAGUAAAAAUCUAGAAAGAUGUAGAAAAUACAUUCAAGAUAAUAUCUAAAUAAAAAUUACCUUAAAUAAACACUUACAACUCUUAAACAGAUACUUAAUAAAUUUAAAGCAAUAGAUCAAUGGUCUCUUAAAUAAAACAGAAUCAAUUAAAUAAUAAAAAAAGAAGUAUUUCAUUUUAGUUAGAUGAAUCAUAAACAGAAAAAGAUAUAGAUGAUGUCUAAGAUUUACAAUAAAAUGGCCUAGAAGAUGACACUAUAGAUUUUGAGUAUAAAAAUAGAAAAAAGACUGCUACUUAAAAAGUUCUAAGUAACUCGAAACAAAAAAAAUAUUAUCGGAAGAUCAAAAUAGCAUUUUUAGCUGUGCUUGCAUAUGUUAGAUGGAGCAAGAAUUUUAGACUUAAACGAUUAGAAUAAUCAAAAAAAUUAAAAAUAAUUCGAGAGAAAUUUGAAAAAACAAAGUAGUUUAUCCUAUCAAUAAAAGAAGAUUAAAUUAAAUAAGCUCUUUAUUAAUGGGUAGAGAACAUAUUUAAAGAAUUUAUCUAUGAACUCAGUAAACCUGAAUUUAUUAAGCAUUGUCUUACUUAAGAUUAUAAUCCGAAUUCUGAUGAUAAUAUAAUUUAUCGAUAAAAAUUGAUUCUCAAAUUAACUUUAGAUUUUUUUAUUAGACUUGAAAAAAUGACAUAAAUAAAUUUGUUACCAAAAUUAAUAGUUAAUUUGAUGUAUUUGUCAUUAUUUUUAUCUUAAAAUUCUAAAGCAUCAUUAUUUGUAGCCAAAAGAACUAAUUUUUAUAUGAAAAACAGUAUAAAAAUAUCAAACCAAUAAGAAAAAAUGAUAAUAGGAGAAUAUAUACUUUUUCGUCUUAUUAUUUAAAAUAUGCUGAAUAUAUUUAAUAAUAUUGAAUAUUAAAAUAAAAUUCAUGAAAAAUUAACUAAAUUUUUUGCUACUGUUAUAGCAAGUUUCAUUUAAAUUUUAUAUAUUGAUUAUUUUGAAGAUAUUAAAUUAGUUAAAGAAAUAAAUGUUUAAUUAUACUAAAGAAAAAUUGUUUUAGAUGAAAAUUUAAAGGCUUUGAUAAUUUUAGAAGAUAAAAUUGAUGAAAAUGAAUUACUAAUUUUAGGUUUGUAAGAUAGAGAUUUAUUUGAAACUUUGUUCUAAUAACAACUUGAUUGGAUUUCAAAUAUAAGCAAAAUUUUCCAUAAAAUUAUUCUGAAUCUACACAGUUAAAUAUGA